CAUUCACAGGGCAAAUAGUCUAGAUCUUGAGCUGUGGAGGCGCCGAUCUGGGAGAAAUCGCCCCGAUCAUGGGGACAAAGCUGGAGAUCUUGGCGGUGCUCGCGAUCCUGUGCUGGAUCCACAAUGCGGCCGCCUUCUACUUACCAGGUAGCUACUUGCACGCUUACCCCGACGGCAAGGAUCUGUACGCCAAGGUGAAUUCGCUCACCUCCAUCGAGACGGAGCUCCCCUACAGCUACUACAGCCUCCCCUUCUGCCAGCCCCAGGGCGGCGUGAAGAAGAGCGCCGAGAAUCUUGGCGAGCUCCUCAUGGGCGACGAGAUCGAGUCGUCGCCAUACCGGUUUCGGAUGAACACCAACGAAUCCAGCAUUUUCCUGUGCACCCACACGCUCUCGGACAACGAUGUCAAGCAUCUCAAGCGCCGGAUCGACGACGUCUACCAGGUGAAUCUCAUGCUGGACAAUCUUCCAGUGGUGAGGUAUACUGUGAUCCCCGACUCGGAUCUUCCGCCUACGCGCUGGACGGGUUACUUGGUUGGCUUCCAUCCGCCCAACGAUCGCUACUACAUCUUCAACCAUCUCAAGUUUAAAGUCUUGAUCCACCAGUACGAGGACACGGGUGUGGGAUCGGUGAUGGGAACCGGGGAUGGAUUCGACGUGGUUCCUGGCAAGAACUUGUCCGGCUACGUGGUGGUGGGAUUCGAGGUGGUUCCUUGCAGCUAUCCUCACGAGAAGUCGAGCACCAAGGAUCUAAAGAUGUAUGACAAGCUUCCGGAGGUGGUUUGCGAGAUGGAUCGGGGGAGAUACCAGGUGGUGGAGACUGGUGCGAGCUUAACUUUCAGCUACGAGGUGAGCUUUGAGCUCAGCCCGACGAGGUGGCCGUCGCGGUGGGAUGCAUAUCUCAAGAUGGAAGGCUCGCGUGUGCACUGGUUCUCGAUUCUGAACUCGUUGAUGGUGAUCGCGUUCCUGGCCGGGAUCGUGUUCGUCAUCUUCUUGAGGACUGUUCGCCGGGAUCUCACCAAGUAUGAGGAGCUGGACAAGGAGGCGCAGGCACAGAUGAACGAGGAGCUCUCCGGGUGGAAGCUCGUUGUGGGCGAUGUUUUCCGGCCGCCACCUCACUCGAAGCUGCUGUGCGUCAUGGUUGGAAGCGGAGUACAGAUCCUCGGGAUGGCCAUCGUCACCAUCUUUUUCGCAGCGUUCGGGUUCAUGUCGCCGGCGUCGAGGGGUAUGCUGCUCACGGGAAUGGUGCUGCUGUACCUCUUCCUCGGCAUCUCGGCUGGCUACGCUGCUUGCCGGCUGUGGAAAACUUUGAAGCUGGGUGAUUCCGCCGGAUGGAGGUCCAUCGCCUGGAGAGUGGCCUGCUUCUUCCCGGGGAUCUCGUUCGUCGUCCUCACCUUCCUCAACUUCUUGCUCUGGGGAAGUCACAGCACUGGAGCGAUCCCGCUCUGGAUGUUCUUCGUGCUGGUGGCGCUCUGGUUUUGCAUCUCGGUGCCACUCACGCUCUUCGGCGGCUACUUGGGAGUCCGAGCCGAGCACAUCUCCUUCCCGGUGCGCACGAACCAGAUCCCCCGCGAGGUCCCUGCGCAAAAGUACCCCUCCUGGGUGCUCGUCCUCGGCGCCGGGACGCUUCCUUUUGGAACUCUCUUCAUCGAGCUCUUCUUCAUCAUGUCGAGCAUCUGGAUGGGCCGCUUCUACUACGUCUUCGGCUUCCUCUUCGUGGUCCUGGUGCUGCUCGUCAUCGUCUGCGCCGAGGUCUCGGUGGUGCUGACUUACAUGCACCUCUGCGUCGAGGACUGGCGGUGGUGGUGGAAAUCCUUCUUCGCGUCGGGCUCGGUGGCACUCUACGUCCUGCUCUACGCGAUCAACUACUUGGUGUUCGAUCUCCACAGCUUGAGCGGGCCGGUGUCGGCAAUGCUCUACAUGGGAUACACGCUACUCAUGGUGCUGGCGCUCAUGCUCGCUACCGGGACGGUCGGGUUCUUGACAAGCUUCUACUUCACGCAUUACCUGUUCUCCUCGGUGAAGCUCGACUAAGAAAAACGCUGACAACAACGAAGGAACAAAGACUCUACACAGUUUCCAUAGCUCGAAAAAACUCUCUUUUUUGCUCACCUUUGUACGCCGAGUCGCUGCUGCUCAGUACUUUUCAGGAGCUGUUGUGUAAAAGCUUUGCGAUCAAAUGCUUCAAGGGGAGAAAGGAGAAAGAAAAGGAGAGAGAGAAGAAAGGCUCUUUUUUACUUUGCGGUGCUUGGGUUGGAAGAGUCACAAGAGAUUAUAUUAAGCAGCCUUAAGAAAUUAA